AUUAAUUUUGUUUUUUUAGGUUUGUGUUUAAUUCAAAUAGUAUUGCGAGAACAAGGAACAUUGUCGGGCAAGAGGAAGGCAGGUUUGGUCGUUGGUGCGGUGUAUGUUGUAAUAGGGACUUUCUUAUUUGCACAAACUGUGACACAGGCGUUAAUGGACGAUAUAGAAAAUACAUCUUAAUUAAUUGACAAUCAAUACAUUUAUUUUUAAUGAUGGUCUCAAUGAAGGAAUUGAGGAAAUUUAAUACCCUAUGAAUUAUUAUAGAGUGAUUAAAUUUGGAUAGCAAUUAUUUUACCCCAAUGGAUAAAGUCCAGUCGGACCCAGAGAGUUCGACCCAAUAUCCACAUAUCAACAUUUGGUGACGAGAUAUACAAACGCUCGCUUAGAGAGGACUUGGAAAUGCGCUUUUGAUUUUGUACGCCAGUCAACCACAUGAACAAAAUGUACAUUUUAUGGAAAUUUAAAAUAUAUAAAAAUGUUUUGCAAUACUAAAAUUUUGUAAAUAUGCACAGGUAAUGCCGUAAUGGCUAAAAUUAAGAGUUGAACGAGAGGGUGGUCUUAAGAUAAUUCAAAAUUUGAACUCAGACUGUUAGUCUCAGAGGGCUAAAGUUUGUUUUAGUGUAGGAUUACAGUUGAUUUCACGAAACUUUGGCCGCUCCGAAACUUCCGAAUUUGAUUGGCCGGCUUUCAAUCAACUUGAUGAGCUCGUGUUUAUUGUUCCCAAAUUCCCAACCAACCUCGCAAAGUUUCGUGAAAUCAACUGUAAUGUUAGGGUUGACAUUCAGGCUCAUUUCAGGUAAGGUUUAGGAAUGUUAUAAGUACAUGGUUGCUGAUUCCGGUCUGUUGUGUUUUAUUACAUGUAAAACUAAAAAGAUCUUACAGUAAAAAAUAUCUUGAAAUCUCGCAAGAGAAUCCCAGUGUACCACUAUCCAGUUUUCUUUCCUUCUAUAAAGAUCAGUGCACCUGCAUCAAAUUGCAUCCUGUUCGCAGGCUACUUUAGAAUACAGAAUUAGAAUUUGCGAUCGUACCAUUUGCAAAUACAGAAAUACAGUACUGGUAUUCCUUGAACAAAAAUGAGGAAAUAAUUAGCUAUUUCUUUUUUAAACCAUCAAACACCAUAAAAGCUAUAGCUAGACUAACAGAAGAGAUAUGGGGAAAAACGACAAACCAAAAUUUAUGAAAUCUAAAGUCGCAACGAGCGAAGAAUCGAAGAUCAGUCCGAGACAGCCGAGUCAAUAUGGAGGUUUAUCAUCCGGCAGCAUACAGAUAACAGACAUUAGCGAUGAUCAUGUUCUAACCUCGGAGUCUUCAGGGGAGAAUUCAAGGACGCAGGUCCAUGGACUGCCAUUACAUAGGGCAGUUGUGGUUGUUGCAAAUGCGGCUCUUGGCGCAGGCAUGUUAAACUUUCCGCAGGCAUAUGACAAGAGCGGUGGAUUGGUGAAUGCUUUGACAGUUCAGACUGUAAGUUCAUGGGUAUAGGCUGUUGAGCAUCAGUCAUUGGUGGGAAAAUGGUGGGGAGGGGUUUAAUUAACUGACUCUUCCACAGUUAUUGAAAUAGCUGCGAAUAUAAAUUGUGCAAUGAUGCUUGGACGUGAUCUAACUUGCACAGUGGGACAAAAAUAUGCCUUUGGUACCAGUAUGAUUCAGCAUAUGAUUCAGUACUAUUCAGAAUACUCCAGAUUUUUAAAAUAUUUGAGGGUUUCAUGUAUCCCAUCCUGACACCAUGUAAUAAUGUGUCUACCCAGACAGACGCCAUGUUGAGUCUAUCAUCAACUACCUAAUUGUCCCCUACAUGUAUAUGUAUCCAUUAUGUCAUAACUACUUGAUGUCAAUCAUCUACUUUAUAAAUAUCACAGAUGACAGUACAUAUAUUUAUCAUAAUUACAAAGCUUUUGAUCCAUAAGCCCAUACAGAUCUUCAUCAGUGCUAAUACGCUGAUUGAUCAGUGAUGCUAAUAGAUAACUUAACAUCUAAGACAUCGACGUCAUCUAGGACUGUAGGACAUAAGGGCUGAGCAGAGGACUAGGAUGUCAUGAAUCCAAAAUAAAUAAACAUCCAUUUAGGAUACACAACAUCGACCUUUAAAUUAUAGAAUAAUAUUUACAUCCUUUUGAAAAUGAAUUUUAAAGAGAUGCAUGUCUGAAUACUUUCCAGUUUGUUAUGCUCUUGUAUCCAUGAUGGCAAAACUCUUGUUGUGAAGUUGUCAAUGUUUGGUGGAUGAUGAGCAACUGAAAGAGACGCAUGCACACUUCAGAAAAUAUUGCCAAUUUACUUCAGCUUGCCAUCCUAGAUGUUUGGCGUCCUAGAUGUUUGACGUCAUAGAUCUUAAUUUUAGGACAAUGUCCUAAUCCCAGUUCUCUGCUAGAGCUGAUGUUGAUGUCGUAGAUGCUAUCUAAUAGAAGUGGGGGGGGGGGGGGAGGAAAGAAUGGCCUGCACGAUGCAACUACCUGUAAAAUAGAACAAAGAUUACAAAUUUAAAAUUAUGGUUUUGUUCCAGAACAUUGGUUGAAUUGUUCCAAAGCAAGCAAUGGAGUAGUUUGUGUUAUGCAUGUUGCUAUCAAAAGAUUUUAACCCAGUGGUGUGCAUUAGACUCUCCCCUUAACAAUUAACGUCAUCUGGCAUAAUUAGACAAAGUAAUACAAUAAAGUUGGGUCCAUUUAAGAACAUAUUUGCAGCUCAAUGGGUUAAGUGAAAUCAUUAAACAUUUUUCUAGUGCCUCGUCCUACUAAUAAUAGGAUCAUUUUUCAUCCUGGGUUAUUGUGGAAGGCUCCGUCGGACUGCAAACUACCAGGAUACAAUUCGAGAUUUUUGUGGACCAAUUGCACAAGUUAUUUGUCAAAUUAAUGUUGUUCUGUAUAUGUUUGGAUGUAAUGUUACGCAUAUGAUAUUGAUUGGUGACCAGCUCACAAAAGGUAGUGCUAGCAAAUCUUUCAUUUCCUAGUUACUUUCUCAAACUCAUAUUAUGCAUUUCUGUAUUAAGAUGGACACCUUUCUCAUACAGACAUUUAUCUUUAAUUAAAGAAAUUAAUUUUCUUUUUUUGAUAAAUUCCUUCUCUUACAGUAAUCGAUCAUUCAGGCUGGUAUUUUGACAGGAAAAUUGUAAUUACUGUUGUUUGUUGUGCGUUUAUCUUACCAUUAUGCAUCCCAGAAAAACUCAAAGUGGUAAGUUAUUCCAGGUAAAUACAAACAAUUUUAAAUUUCUAAUAAUUUAGUAAUCCAUUUUGAUGACUAAACAAUGUGGCAAGAAGGUGGGGGCAUGGGGUACGUAUUUGGGCAACCCUGCCUCCUACAAAACAUACCUGAUGAAUUAUUAUAUCUGUAGCCUUAUUGGUGGUAUUGGUGCGGUGUUUGUUUGCUGUAUAGUGGUGUCACGGUACUAUACUGGUGGCUACUCUCCCGGUGAAGGUGCAAGGUACUGUAAGAAAUGUCUUGUUCGACUGUUUGCUGUUUGUCUUUAGAAAAAUAUUAAAUAAGUAACAGGUAAAAUCAUCAGAACUUUCUUAUUCUAUUACAGUAAUAGUUCAUGGUCAAGUACUCAAAUUUUCGCAGCUGUGCCAGUAAUUUGCUUUGGUUUUCAGGUGAGGUAUUGCAAUUGAUAAUCUUUUUAAUCAAUGCACUCAUCACACUCUUAUUUACAAUAUAAGAGCCUUGUUUUUAAUUAUGGGUAUAUCUAUCUGCAUGAACUUGGGCUAGGAAAAUAUAUAUUGUUUGACUUGUGUGAUGAUUUUCCUGACACAGUUGAGUCAUACCGAGACAGUCGGUCAUGCCUCUAUGUAUGGCAGUAGACUAGCUAACUAUUAUGAAGAGCAAGGCAUAAUUUAAGUUUGUAUUGUAAGGCAUGGUCUGUUUUCAGAACAAACCUAAUUAGUACAGAUUGUGCUAUUAUAUCUAGUUUGUUUGGAUAGUUUGCACAAUCCAUCAGACAAAUGGUUGAACUAUUAGACUUGACUGAUAGUCUAUAUUCAGUAUAAAUAAGGCCAAAAAUAUAACCAAGAUGUACUGUAUGCACCAUUUUGUGACAUCAUAUUUGCAUUGUCAAGCACAGGAGAUAUGGAACCAUUUAACCAAUGUAUUAAAUUUAGUGUCAUGUAACGGCAGUAGCAGUAUAUGCAGAACUACGGCGGCCCACCUUAACAAGAUUUGGUCUGGUCACUUUUCUUGCAACUCUCAUAUGCACCGUACUUUACUCCCUGACGGGUAGCUAUGGAUAUCUGACAUUCAAACAUCACGUGAACAGUGAUGUCUUGGUGAAUUAUCGUCAUGAUGAUGGCGUGGCAACAUCAGCAAGAGUUUUCAUUGUCAUUGUUGUGUUUAGUACUUUUGCAAUUUGUCAGUUUGUUGGAAGGUAUGUCUGGUCCAGCAUUACUGAAAACAAAGGGAAUAGAAACAAUUCCAAACUAAUGCAGUAUUGUGUGAACGGUGUCUAACCAAGCAAUUUGUCUGUAUUCCAGAUCGGCAAUAAUUGGUCUGUGGUUAAAAAUGAGAAAGCUCACGGCAGCCCAGGUGGAAGAUUACAAGAACAAACGCCGCGUGAUUACGUCAUUAAUAUGGUUCUUCAGCAGCCUGGGCAUUGCAGUCAUUGUUCCAAAUAUAGCAGAGGCUAUUGCCAUUGUCGGUGCGUUAGCUGCGCAUUUUAUUUUCACAUUUCCAGGUAAGGAAUUUUGUCAUCUCCCUCCCCCCUGGUUUCUGUAGAUUUCAGCAGGUGGCAGAUGAGAAUCUAUGACUAUCAGGGGGUACUUGUAAGAAGCUACUUCUUUAAUAGCCAGUUAUGGAUCCAGCUAGAUCUCGUAGAGGGGGACAGGGAGGGGUGCUCGUCGAGCCUUUGGUCAUGGUUCAGGUUGCUACCGUUGAUCAACUGUUGACUAUAAUUAACUGUGUAACUCACACAAAACAAGGAUACAAAUUCCCAUACUGACAGGGUUCUUUAAUUUAAUCCAGGCCCAGAAUUACUGACCGGAAUUUGCUUGCACUAUAUAUGAAUAAACAAAUCAAUGAAGAAAUUAAUCAUCUCUUGUAGGGCUUUGUCUUAUUCAAUUAAUGUUACAAGACGGGCGUACAAUGGAAGCGAAAAGAAAGAUAGGCCUAACAAUAGGUAUUACAUACGUUGUCAUUGGUAUGUUUUUGUUUGGUGUGACUGUCACUGCAGCGUUAAUGACAGAUAUCGAAGGCAAAUAUCUUGCUUAGCAGUAUUUUCAUUGUUAUUUUAUACUUACGUAUAGAAAUUUCCCGCAUUGGCUCGAGUGCACGUCUCCCAAAAAAAAUGGGACUACACACGAAAAAAUCUCGCAACUUGUCAACAAGAUGUGUUCGCAACAGGCUUGUAGCAAGCUUGUCAACAAGUUGCAACAAUGCUGCUAUUUUAUCAAGUUGCUACGAGGUUGUCGCUCGCAACUUGUUGACAAGUUGCUGAAUUGCAGGACGAUAACAAGUUGUUGUAACAACUUGUAACAAGUCUGUUGAACUCAACAACCUUGUAGCAAGUUGCGAACAAGUCGCUGACAACUCGUCAACAAGCUGGGAACAAGCAGUGCGAACACAUCCUGUUGACAAGUUGUUGGAACAGAAUUGCUACAAGUCUGCUGCAGGUUUGUUACAACUUGUGCGUUUUCACGUGUGUAGCUGUGUUCGAUAUACGAAACACGUGUUUAUACGCCAUUGCUAUUCCAUUCACUUACAUGAGCAUAUAUACAUUGAAAUUAUUAAGUAUUAGGCCAGGGUAAGAGUUAAUUUGUUGACCCACAAUUUGUGGUAGGGGUUAUACCAGUGGCGAAGCUAGCCAUCUAAAUUAGCCAUUCCGAAGUUGAUGAGAGCACUGGGGACGAAUGUUAAAAAGCGCCCAAGUUAAGAAAUCAAAGUUUGAAGACAUUUACAUGAAUACCCUUCGAAUAAUAAGCUUUCGAAAAUCGCGGUAUUUCAACUAAUGAAAUGUGCUGUAAUUUUUGUUUUUUGGGACGCGCGUCUCAAAAACAAUCUUUUAAUCAGUAAUUUCGCAAUUUUCGAAAGCUUAUUAUUCGAAGGGUAUUUAUGUAAACGUCUUCAAACUUUGUGUACUUACUAAUUUUGAGGUGGUCUUUUUAGUCAUUUGGUUGGGCACUUUUUAACACUCGUCCCCAGUACACUCAUCAACUUCGGAAUGGCUAAUAGGUUAAAGACAAUACCUUUCUAAAGCCAGUAAAGGUUUGGAUAGUGCCACUCAUUAAAAAUUUGCAUAGUUACUAUGGUUAUAGGAUUGCAUAGUUACUAUGGUUAUAGGUUACUGGGCUAUAGGAUUAAUUUUUUACGGCAACGUACCUACAAUAUCAGAUACUUGCAUCACAUUUGGUUGGAAGGUGGAGUGAACGGUUUGUUCAGGGUUAAGCCUUAAGGCCCGUCCAUCCAACAAUCUUGGAUGCAACAUUGACAUUGUUGACCCCGUUUGAACACUAUCACUAUGUUGGCUGAUCUUGGAUCGAGUUUAUAUAGUUUAAAGUGGACAAACUUGCAUGUCGGACUAAUUUUUGAUCUUGGCAAAAAAAAGUAAAUUCCCGUAAAGAACUUAUUAAAAUUAGUAAAAUUGCAAAAUUUGGUCACGAAAUGUUGUAAAAUACGGAAAACAUAGCCUUGCGAAGUUUGCAUAUUUUGUAUGUACA